CUUAUUUGCAUUGUACUCUUCACUCACAAAGACCAUAACAAAACACAAUGUUAGUGGUAACAUUUGUCCUGUAUUUUGGACUAGCACGAGCAGAUCUUCCCCAUCCACUGUCCGAUGAAUAUAUACAAAUUAUCAACAGCAAUCAGAAUUCAUGGAUCGCUGGCAGAAAUUACCCGGAAGACACUCCGCUUGAACAUUUGAAAGGACGUCUCGGUGCGUUUUUAGGGAGAGAUAGUGAUUUUCCAAUAAUAACUCAUGAAUCAGAUUUCAUUGCCUCGCUCCCUGAAAACUUUGAUCCUAGAGAGAAAUGGCUAAACUGUCCAUCUUUGCACGAAAUCAGAGACCAGGGAAUCUGCGGAAGCUGUUGGGCUCACGGUGCUGUGGAGGCAAUGACUGACAGAUGGUGCAUUCACUCAAAUGGCUCUCAGUUCCAUUUCUCUUCACAGGACAUGGUGGGCUGUUGCAGUAAAGACAACGGCUGUCAUGGUGGAUGGCCUGGUGACGCUUGGAAUUUCUGGAAAAAUAGUGGCCUGGUUUCAGGAGGUAACUAUAAAUCGAAUGAAGGCUGCCAACCAUACACAAUACCUGAGUGUAUACACGGACAUGAUUCCAAUUCUAACUGCACUUAUGAUGGUAUCGUACCGUGUGUUAAGGAAUGUCGAGAUGGCUAUGGGAAGUCUUAUCAGGACGACAAACGAUUUGGAUUAAAGCCUUACCAUGUAGUCGGUGAAGAUAAUAUCAAAGCUGAGUUAUACAAGAAUGGACCUCUAGAGGUUGACUUCACUUGUUGUCCAGAUCUAUUUCACUACAAAAAGGGUGUGUAUAGAUUAAGUGUUCCUAUAAAUCAUGAGUGUGGAGGACAUGCUGUCAAGCUUCUGGGUUGGGGAGUAGAAAAUGGUACUAAAUACUGGUUACUAGCUAACUCGUGGAACACGUACUGGGGAGAGCUCGGAGGAUUUUUUAAGUUUCUACGAGGUGAAAAUCACUUGGGUAUAGAAGAAGACGUCUUUGGAGGCCUACCGAAAUUACAAUAAGUGUAUAUAUUUUUUGACUCUGAUAUCACGAUAUCAAUUUUCGUACUUUCCAUUCAGAUGAUCAGACAAUUUGUAUCACGACCUUUGAUAUUAAAUUAUAUUAAUCAUCCGUAUCUACUGACAAAAUUUGUGUAAUUUUGAAAAAAAAAAAAAAUUAAAUUUAAUAAAGAAUUUUGAAUUUGAA